GCCCAGGCCCCUCCUCCUCGCCCAGGAUGCACCUGGUUGAAAACAAAAUCCCACGUGACUGGCUCCGCACUCAGGCCAUCAUGGCGUCUCCCAGUGGGAAGGGAGCCCGGGCGCCGGAGGCUUCUGGCUGCGGGCCUCGGCCGCUCGCCCGGGACUUGGUGGACUCUGUGGACGACGCGGAGGGGCUGUACGUGGCGGUCGAGCGGUGUCCGCUGUGCAACACCACCCGCCGGCGGCUGACCUGUGCCAAGUGCGUCCAGAACGGCGAUUUCGUCUACUUCGACGGCCGCGACCGGGAGAGGUUUAUAGAUAAGAAAGAAAGGUUAAGCCAACUUAAGAGCAAGCAGGAGGAAUAUCAAAAAGAAGUGUUAAAAGCUGUGGAAGGAAGAUGGAUAACAGAUCAGUUGCGAUGGAAAAUAAUGUCCUGCAAGAUGAGGAUUGAACAGCUGAAACAAACAAUAUGUAAAGGAAAUGAAGAAAUGAAAAUAAAUUCUGAAGGCCUUCUCAAAACCAAGGAAAAAAAUCAGAAGCUUUAUACUCGAGCACAGCGGCAUCAAGAGAAAAAGGAGAAGAUUCAGAGGCACAAUCGCAAACUUGGUGACCUGGUAGAAAAAAAAACCAUUGACUUAAGAAGUCAUUAUGAGCGUCUGGCCAAUCUUCGGCGAUCUUAUAUAUUGGAGCUAACCUCUGUCAUUUUUCCAAUCGAGGAAGUAAAGACUAGUGUGAGAGAUCCCGCAGAUGUGUCCUCAGAGAGUGACAGUGCCAUGACCUCCAGCACCGUGAGCAAGCUUGCCGAGGCCCGGAGGACGACUUACCUCUCUGGGAGAUGGGUCUGUGACGAUCAUAAUGGGGACACCAGCAUUAGCAUUACAGGGCCUUGGAUUAGCCUUCCCAACAAUGGGGACUACUCUGCCUACUACAAUUGGGUAGAAGAGAAGAAAACCACACAGGGGCCUGACAUGGAGCAUAGUAACCCUGCUUACACGAUCAGUGCUGCAUUGUGCUACGCAACUCAGCUGGUCAACAUUUUGUCUCAUAUACUUGAUAUAAAUCUUCCCAAAAAGCUGUGCAACAGUGAAUUUUGUGGGGAAAAUCUCAGCAGACAGAAAUUUACUCGAGCAGUGAAGAAACUGAAUGCAAAUAUCCUUUACCUGUGCUUUUCUCAGCAUGUAAACUUAGAUCAGUUACAACCACUGCAUACUCUCAGGAACCUAAUGUACCUGGUCAGUCCAAACUCUGAACACCUGGGCAGGUCGGGGCCCUUUGAAGUGAGAGCAGACCUGGAGGAGUCCAUGGAGUUCGUGGACCCCGGCGUUGCGGGCGAAUCCGAUGAGAGCGGCGAUGAGCGCGUCAGUGAUGAGGAGACCGACCUGGGCACAGACUGGGAGAACUUGCCGAGCCCCCGAUUUUGUGAUAUCCCUUCCCAGCCCGUGGAAGGCUCCCAGAGCCAGAGCAGCCAGGUGUCCCCGCCCAUCGCAAGCAGCAGUGCGGGUGGGAUGAUCUCCUCUGCCGCAGCCUCCGUGACCUCCUGGUUUAAGGCUUACACCGGACACCGCUAAUGCGCACGGACCAAAGCACGCCAGGUUUGUGUCGAGAAAGUUGUUCUUCCACUAUGUUCUAGUAAAUUUUGUGUUAAGAUAGUGCCUAGAACAAAACGAGGUUAAACUUUGGGCUUUUUUUAAAGCAGGGAGACAAGCAUUUCUACGUAUCAAAUGGCCAGUGGGAGUGACCCUCACACUUAUGAUAGAACAACAGGUCAGAGGUCCUUCUGGCCAGACCCAUAUUGGUAGAAGAAAGACCAAGGUGUGCGUCCUGUUCUGUUAAAGCAGAAAAUUCACUGGGGCUCCCUUCGGUCAUGGGCCACAGGACCCACAGAUGUGGGCUGACACAUUGAUCCUUGUGUCGCUGAGACUGUUCCUGAACACUUUACAUUUUAGAGGUUGAAUCACAAGGAAGUGAUUCCUGAUGAUUAGGACUUGAAAGAUAAAAACUGUUUCACAUGAGUUUGUGCUUAUGCCAUCAUUUUUUGUACAGAGAACCAGCAGGCAAUUUGAAAUACUUGAUUUCUCUAGAAUUUGGUCAUCUUUGGUUUUUAAGUCAAGGAUUUUGGUUUUGUUUGGAAGGGGAGGGAUGGAGGGAAGGGGUAGUUUAAAAAUUAUUUCACUCGUGCUGCUGCUGUCGUAGCUUGUCAGACAUUCCUGUUUUUCUUUCUCCCACACACCAAAGAAAUGAAGGUUUUUUUUAUUUUUGGACCCACAUCCAUGAACAGAAGAAAUCCCAGCUGCAAUGAUGGCCUGGAGAUUUAAAAACUAUUUUCUUAUAUUCUGAAGGGAAUUAAGUUCAUUCUCACAUAGAUUAUUGAAUUCCUACCAUCUACACUUUGUGCAUUUUGAAAUCAUCAUUUUAAGGUCAUUCCCCUACAUAAGCUGUCUGCCUGGGCACUAAGGUUAAAAGCCACUUAACUAAAUGGCCUCUGGUCAUUCUUCGAGUGUCCUAGUUUCUUUUGAAGGGAUUCAGUAGGUGGCAGGUUUUCCCAGGGAAUACCAUCUUCCUUGUUUUCUUAGAGGUUGGCAUUUCUCUAGAAUCACUACCUGCACUCAAAUGCAAAUCAUAGCUGAUACUACUCUUCUCUAUCAGACAGAAUUUUCCCUCACCAAGAGAUCAUCUUCAGCUAAUGUAUCUGUCUUGUCAUUCUCUUAGUGACAAUCUUAAAGAAAACUGUAGAGAGGCAUUAUGUACAAAUAUGUAAGUAGUUUAUUUUUAAUAAUUGCAAAAAAAAUCCUAUGUAACAACUACAAAAAGAAAUCCUAUGAAAAAUUCCUAACAGGCAUUAUUACCGUAUCUUUUUAGUGUGAUUAGCAUGACAGUACCUCAGAUAAAUCAUUCAGAGACGUGCCCUUCCCUAGCUUCUUUUCUUCUUGUAAUUAUUAUAGUUGAUACUUUGCCUCCAAAUCCGAGGUGCUAUGUAGCUUUUGCUAUUGGUAUAUUGAAAUGUUUGGUAGAGUUGCAAAAGAAGGGUGUUUAUCCUAUCCAGGAGUUCCGAGUUCCCUGACUAUGAAUUUUCCACUGAGGGAGGAAACAGGCUUUUCUCCAUGUGGGUUCUCAAUCGGUGGUGCCGGGUACAGCUUCAUGAUUGCUGAGCUAGCAUUGUACCAGCCAGGUCUGAAGUUCACAGGGAAUGGGUAGGUAGACUUGAACAAAUACCAAAUGAAUUUAAAAUCCCAUGAGAUAAGGGUUGUCUAGGCACUUCAAACCCUCAAAAAGAAGAGCUUAGUCUUGAGCUAAGAGAAGACGGAAGACAGAUUUGGGGCUUGGGGAUAGAGAUUGACCUUGGCUAAAAGAUGCACAGUUGUCAUGGUUUUCUCAAGUAAGCCUGUUAUGAAACCAUGAAUGUGAGGUCAAACUAAAGAAUAGAUUCCAGAGAUCACAACUCCUAUCUAGAGUAAUUCAACAAAACUUACAAGGAUAUGGGAAAUUAGGGAUUGAUAGGGUGUAUUUUGUUGUUUUUUAUAUCAACUAGAGGCACUUUAUUUAGGAUUAAAUGAUCAAACCCGUUAGUGGUUUUGAACACCAACAUACUGGCUUACACUGCUGAGAUAUUUUGGUUUUCGUUAUUUUGCACUGGAUCCACCCUGUAAAUAUUCUUAAAUAUACAUUUCAACCACUGUUUUUUCCUACUCUCUUUGCUGCUCAUUAAAAUCUUUCAUGUAGGUGCCAGAACCAUAUGUAAACAGCUUUUUAAAAAAUUGAAGCUGGUAUUUUUUUUAAACAAAAGCCAUAGAACUUGGUUAUGUUUUCCAUAUAAAAUGAUUUGUUGAAACAAGGUAAUACUGAUAAAAACCUACAGGCACCAACUAGGCUGCUUAAAAUGGUCUAUUAAAGACUUUUUUUUUUUUGUAAUGGAAUAUAACUAAGAGAAGUUUUGCACAUCUGUAAGUUAAGGGGAAAAACAGUAUGUCAACAUUGGGGGUAGUGGACAGGAUUCACCUAAGGAUUCAUGUAUUGAUAAUUUAGGAAAGAACAUUCAGGGGCAUGCUGUUGUUAAAAGAACUACAGUGUCUGAGAAUAUCCUUGUGGUGUCAUGUUGCAGGAAUUUCCCAUUACUCUGCGAUUUCCAAACCAGUUUGAGUCAUAACAAAUGUUUUCUAAACUUUUAUUGUAUUAUUGCAAUAAAUCUUUUAACAAUA